CAAGUAUACAAUCUGAAACAACUAAUGUAAUUGAAUCGAAGUGAUUAAGUGUGGAAAAAAUAGCCCCUAUACUGAAAACAACAAGCUGAUUAGCCUAAAGUGGUGUGCUAAUCACUAAUCUGGCUUUAAAAUGGUCGGGGUAGUUUGAUGGGACCUUUUUAGCUGGUUAUAUUGGGAGAACAAACUUCAGCUUGAGCUUUUUAGGCUAGUUUAAGUAGUUUAUUUUCAGCGGUGAAGUUUAAACAAACAUUUAACUGGUAAAAUGCUGCGCGGUGACUUCGACGAUGAAUCAAGCGAGUUGGUGAGUCGUUUUCACUCAAAGGAACCGAUUCGCUGCAAUGAAUUUUCAACGCAAGCCAACCAAGACCCGCCUACACACAUCGCUCUCCUCGUAGUUCUAGUUCUGCAACUUUCAACGAGAUAUGUGCGGCGUUUAGUCAAAUGGGAAGUGAGGAUAAAAUAAUCAGCUGGGUCUGCCGGUUAACGGUUAUUACAGCUUUCUUCUUGGUUGGCUUUAUUAUUGGCUGGUUUGCUCGACCUACUUCUGUCAAUCAUGGACAUGCAACAAAAAGCUUCCUGCGCGACUUUCUGGAUGAGAUGCGAGCAGAGAAUAUUAAACACCAUCUCAGGAAGUUCACAAGGCUGCCGCACCUGGCAGGAACGCAGCAGAAUCUGGAGCUGGCGGAGCGGAUUGGAGCGGAGUGGAUGGAGUUUGGGCUGGACUCGGUAGAGCUGGUUCCGUACGACGUGUUGCUGUCAUACCCAAAUAAAACAAGUCCCAACUACAUCUCAAUAGUGGACCACCAGGGCAAUGAGAUCUUUAGCACCUCUCUGGCUGAGCCGAUCCCUGAAGGUUAUGAAGAUGUGACCGAUAUCGUCCCUCCUUAUAGUGCUUUCUCUGCUAAAGGUCAACCAGAGGAUGAGCUGGUGUAUGUUAAUUACGGACGGACGGAGGAUUUCUUUAAGCUGGAGAGAGAGUUGGGAAUAAACUGUACGGGAAAAAUCAUCAUCGCUAGAUACGGCAAAAUCUUCCGUGGGAACAAGGUGAAGAAUGCGAUGUUAGCCGGAGCUAAAGGGAUCGUGCUGUUCUCGGACCCUGCGGAUUACUGCGCGGAGGGCGUUGAGCCGUAUCCCAAAGGCUGGAACCUGCCAGGAGGAGGCGCUCAGAGGGGGAAUGUCCUGAAUCUUAAUGGGGCGGGAGACCCGCUCACACCUGGCUAUCCUGCGAAAGAAUACACCUACAGGUCCAGCCUGGAGGACGCAGUGGGGCUUCCCAGGAUUCCAGUGCAUCCCAUUGGCUAUCAUGAUGCCGUUCACCUGCUGCAGCAUAUGGGAGGGCCUCUUCCGCCGGAUAACUGGAAGGGUGCACUUAACGUCUCGUACCGACUUGGACCGGGAUUCAUGGACGGUUUUAAUCAGAAUAAAGUACGUAUGAACAUCCACACCAACAAUCAGGUGACCCGUAUUUACAAUGUGAUUGGCUGGAUCCGAGGAGCCGUGGAGCCAGACAGGUACAUCAUUCUGGGCGGCCAUCGUGACGCGUGGGUGUUCGGAGGGAUUGAUCCCGUGUCAGGAGCUGCUGUGGUGCACGAGAACGUGAGAGCAGCUGGAAAACUCUUGAAGAAAGGCUGGAGGCCGAGGAGAACACUGAUAUUUGCCAGUUGGGAUGCAGAAGAGUUUGGUCUGCAGGGAUCCACGGAAUGGGCAGAGGAGAAUGCCAGAGUCCUGCAGGAGCGAGCCGUGGCCUACAUUAAUGCAGACUCUGCUAUUGAGGGUAUGUACACACUGAGAGUCGACUGCACCCCCUCCCUACACACUCUUGUUUAUGACAUCACCAAGAAGGUUUCGAGUCCAGAGGAAGGCGAGGAGGGCAUGAGUCUGUACGAGAGCUGGCACAAACGAGACAACUGGACAGAAAGAGAUGCACCAUGGAUCAAUAAACUGGGCUCUGGUAGUGAUUUUGAAGCAUAUUUCAUCAGAUUAGGGAUUGCAUCUGGAAGGGCGAGAUACACCAAAAACCGGAAAACCGAGCGCUACAGCAGCUACCCCGUUUACCACAGCGUGUAUGAGACCUAUGAGAUCGUGGAGCGCUUCUACGAUCCGAGUUUCCGCAGGCUGGAGGCGGUGGCCCGUGUUCGAGGUGGACUGAUCUUCAGUUUGGCUGAUUCUCCGAUCUUACCUCUGGACUGUACAGAAUACGCCUCGUCUGUCAACAGAUACGCCAACAGCAUUCACCAGCUAGCAAUGAAGCAUCCUGCUGCCUUGGAGCAGUACGGCAUCUCAUUCGAUUCUCUCUUCUCUGCAGUUGAGAACUUCACGGUCGCAGCGCAGGACUUCCAUCAGCGUCUUGAUCAGAUCGACACCUCUAACGCUCUGGAUGUGCGGAUGGUAAAUGAUCAGCUGAUGUAUUUAGAGAGAGCUUUCAUUGAUCCGUUGGGUUUACCUGGAAGACCAUUUUACAGGCAUAUCAUUUUUGCGCCCAGCAGUCACAAUAAAUACGCAGGCGAGUCUUUCCCAGGCAUUUAUGAUGCUUUGUUUGAUAUUGAGAAUGUGGCAGACCCGCAGAAGGCCUGGGACGAGGUGAAACGCCAAAUCAGCAUCGCUGCCUUCACCGUCAAUGCAGCUGCCGGGACGCUAAAGCCUGUCUUCGGCUAGACGGCCUUCCUUCUGCUUUCAAAACCCGCUAUGGAUGCAUGACUACAUCAUGUAAGCAAAUGAGUUAGUUAAUAUGUCAGUGUUUUAUCAAACGCAGCAUCUAUAAGGGACCUGACGUGCAGAUCUGGCUCUCACAAGCGAGCAGAUAAUAUUGUCGAUAUUGAGCAGAUGUCUUUCAUCCAAAGAGAUUUGCUGUGGACAAUUUGCAGGGACGGCAUUAAUUGCCUUACUUUACUACAUAAUCUUAUUCACUUGAGAUUGACUGUAAUGUUAUUGUCUAGAACCAAUAGGCAACUGCAACUGACACAUUUUACAUGUUUUAUAGUGUUAUAUGUGAUAAAGUGUACUUUACGAUGUCAUAAAGUUGACCAUUUGUGUUGAUUUACAGUGUAAAUUAUGAAAGCAAUGUUUUUUGCUUGUAAAUCUUGCAUAAAUUGUCACAUUUCAGAGAAUUAUUUGUAAAACUAUUCUUACAUACACACGUAAAAUCAUUAAAAUUGAUGCAAAUACUGUACUACAUGAAUUCAUUGUGAAAUCAUUAAACCUCAAAUCAGAUGCGAUAAGAUUCAAGGCGACAAAAUCAGUCUCAAGUCACAGACAAUCAGAAGAGCGUGUGGACAGAGUCUCUGCAAGCGAGCUGCACUCGCAAUAAAACUGACAAAUACUUAAAAUAUGAUGAUUCUAAUCUGUGUGUUAAUGGAGCAUAACCAACAGUUUAAAAAUGUAAUUUUGGCGUUUUUGGCUUUUAAUAUGGUAGGACAUGAUGUAGAUAGAAAGGGAAGUGGGAGAGAGAGAAAGAGAAGGGAUCAGGAAGGGACUCAAGCCGGGACUUGAAAUCAGGUCACCCAAAGCACGGAGGUGUCAUAUGUUGACACACUGUCCACUAGUGCCAACUAUCCAGUGUGAGUUUGUUAAAUAUUAGAACCUCACUGUGUAAGAACCAUGGGGGGAACAGAAUUCGACGGCAAACAAUCCAGCUGUCAGAAUCCGUUCCCCCACCCAUAUGACUAGAGAUGUCGAUAUAGUGAGUUAAAAUAUGAUUCUAAUCUGAGUGUUAAUGGAGCAUAUUAAUAUGAUAAGACAUGAUGUAGACAGAAAGGGAAGUUGGAGAGAGAGAAAGGGACGGGAUAAGGAAAAGUCCUCAAGCAGGGACUUGAACUUGGGUCACCCAAAGCACAAAGGUGUUAUAUGUCAACAUGCUGCCCACUAGGCCACCGGCACCAACCAACCAGUGUGAGUUUGAUAAGAGAUGUCGAUGUAGUGGCUUAAACGAUGCUGAUUCUAUUCUGUGUGUGGAUGGGGAGAUUAACCAGCAUAAGUUUGAUAAAUAUUAGAACCUCCUUGUGUAAAAAACAUGGGGGGAACAGAAUUUGACGGUGUGAUGGAAUUUUUGAACUAAUUAAUAAUGAACUAACAUUUCUUUUCUUCUACAGGCCUAAUAAUAAUAAUAAUCUAACUUAGAAAUAGAGAAACAGUCACUAGGACUGAGUGUUGUGAUUCAGAAACAUUCUGCUGUGCUGGCUAGACGGCAUCCUUCUGGGGAUAAAAAAUAGUCUUUGAGAGGUUGUUUUAACCUAUUGAGUAAUCUGAACUAUUAACCCUGAGACAUUUUUUGAUGAUCCUGUGAUUCAUUUGUUCUAAUCUAAAUUUACUCCGGCAGUAAGCGGGACAGAGGAACUGAGAUGUUUUUCUUAAAUCUAAACUAAUCAUAUUGAGACUGAUGAUAAUGAGUAAUAGAUCAUGACAUGCUGACU